AUGAGCCAAUCACAGCCCAGUAACAACAACAGCAACAACAAUCCCCUCCAGUUCUACCAAAGCCUCUACGCGUGCCAGAUAGCCGCGGAUGGAUGCGUGGACGAGGCAGACAGCGCCCUGAGCAAUCUACGCAGCACACUCAGCGACGUUGAUCGAUUCAGGCAAAUCACCGAGUUCAACCGUCACUUCAUUCUCGUUAGCGAAUCUCAAGUCAACAACGCGAAAACUCAGCUUGCUAAUGACAUUGAACCUCAGAUACGCUCACUCGUUAUGAGAGCAGAGGUCGCGCUCAAAUCCCUCCAGAAGAAACACGCUCACCUCAAACUUAAAGCUCAGCGGAGGCAUGACUUGGCCACUAAAGCUAAAUCUAAUCUCACCGCCGAGGAUGCUGGCGUGCUGCAGAAACUCAGUCUCCAAAAAGAGCGCUAUGAGAUUAUGAUUAAGGAUGAGCAGGCACAGUUAGACGAGCUUGAGCAGGCUUACAUGGCAACUUGA